CCCCUGCCGGAUCCAGUGUCCAGGGUCAGGGUGGUGUCCACGACCCCCAGUAACGAAAAGCGCCACGUUUUGAACCUCUGGUGGCAGAAGCUCUGCAGAGAGCAGUGUCUUCACGGCCGUCGUGUCCUGGGUAGACCCCCCGGCUGCUGCUCUGCCCGGUGCAGGGACCUCGGGCCCCGGCCCCUCAGGGCGUCCCUUCCUGUCCUCAGCAACUCACUGCUCCCACCAUGACCCCACCCUCCGUAGCUUAAAUCCACCCACGUGUGGCUCCCACCUGGCGCUGCUCCACACCCCAGGCCGGGCCUGGGGCCUCGGGUACCCUGGUGCCGAGCUCGUGUCCCCUGGCAGGGCAGGGCCGGGCAGGCGGUGAGCCUCUGGUUCUCCAGGGUCGGGCCCUUGUGUUGGACGUUCCACAGGCGCGCUCCAGGCGGGGGGAAUUUGCCUGGCGCAGCAUCCUUCCCGUGCAGCGCCUCCGCUUUCCUGCCGCCCGCGCGUGGGCGGGCCCUUGACACCUGUGCUGCGGGGGCUCCCCGGGCUGUGCCCGCCCUCUUGCGGAGCCUGGUCCUGGGGGCCUUGCCCUGCCGGGAUCCCCCAGGGCUCAGCAGCUGCCGCCCUCCCCCCUGGCCACCCCUUUUCAAAACCCUCAAGUUUAAGUAAAUCCUCAGAGGAAAAACAAAAUGAGGGGAUGGAUUGCUGGGGUUUCCAGGUCUUCGUGUGGAGGGCGAAAUGGGGGCAGGCCUGGCGCCCUCUGGUCCCAGAGUCCUGCUGGGGCUGGGCUCUCCCCUGCGGGACGGCCUGGCCCCGUGCAGACCCUCGGUGCCCCUGGAAGCUGUCUGGCAGGGUGCACACGCACGUUCGGAGGUCCCGGUGGGGCGGGCUGUGGCUCUGGGCGGGGGUCGAGGGGUGCAGGGUCCAGUGCUCUGAGCGUGCACCACUUCCUUCCCCCAAGGACUUAGUGAACAUCGAGAUGUUUCUGACGGCCAAAGAAGUGGAGGAGUCUCUGGAGAGGCGCGAGACCGCUACCUGCCUGGCCUGGUGCCACGACAACAAGUCCCGGCUGCGCAAGAUGAAGAGCUGCCUGGAGUUCAGCCUAAGGAUUCAGGAGUUCAUUGAACUCAUCCGGCAGAACAAGAGACUGGAUGCCGUGAGACACGCCAGGAAGCACUUCAGCCAGGCCGAAGGGAGCCAGUUGGAUGAGGUCCGCCAGGUCAUGGGCAUGCUGGCCUUCCCGCCAGACACGCACAUCUCCCCCUACAAGGACUUGCUGGACCCGGCCCGGUGGAGGAUGCUGAUCCAGCAGUUCCGAUACGACAACUACCGGCUGCACCAGCUGGGGAACAACUCUGUGUUCACCCUCACCCUGCAGGCCGGCCUUUCGGCCAUAAAGACUCCACAGUGCUACAAGGAGGACGGCAGCUCCAAGAGCCCCGACUGCCCCGUGUGCAGCCGCUCCCUGAACAAGCUGGCGCAGCCGCUGCCCAUGGCCCACUGUGCCAACUCCCGCCUGGUCUGCAAGAUAUCGGGCGACGUGAUGAACGAGAACAACCCGCCCAUGAUGCUGCCCAAUGGCUACGUCUACGGCUACAACUCUCUGCUCUCUAUCCGUCAAGAUGAUAAGGUUGUCUGCCCGAGAACCAAAGAGGUCUUCCACUUCUCACAAGCUGAGAAAGUAUACAUCAUGUAGGCCCCCGCCUGCACCCCUGCCUGCGGCGGUGUUCCUGUUCCUUGCGACCAAAGACCCGUGAGCAACAACAGACACUUGGGAGCAGAGGAAGGAGGAGAACAGCUUGUACUUGAAAACCACCUUUGGAUCGCAGGACUUUGUAACGCGAGUCAACAGCUGGUGCUUCUGGGAAGGGCAGUCCCCAUCCAGCCUGGAGACCCAUUGGGCACCAGGGAGACUCGAGACAUUUCAGAAACAGCUUCCUCCCUGUUGCUAAUGAUGGGCCCUGGGAACAGGUGUGUCCUGCGUGGUGGCCCAGAGCAUUGGUGGCCCAGAGCAUUGGUGGCCACCCCGGGUCUCCUGCUGCCACGGAAGCACCAGGAACAUGGACUCUGCAGAACCGCUCCCACAUGCCCAGCGCCCUCAGGUGGACUGGCUCUGGUCUCUCCUCCUGCAUGGCCUGUGCGCCCCAUGGGACCCACUGGACCGAGUCUGCAAGGCUUUGCGGUGGUUCCGCCGCUCAACUCUUAACGCUGUUGAUCACAGAAACGAACAGUCUGGCUGAAGUAACCGCGAGGACUUGGGAUCAAGUGAACCGUGUAGUCACACCGCCGUCCAUAGAGGUUUGUACUUAGUGCUCAUCUUUGCAUGUGGAUGUUGCUUAGCUAAUAAACUGUAAAUGUCAACCAUGUUAAUAAAAGGGUUUUCUAUUUCUCA